AUGAAGGACGCAAGCAACUUACCCACGAGGCCGUGGGACACCUGCCGACAGGUGCCCCCCCUGGGGGAUGAGCGGACGCCGUGGAAGAUGCUCAAGCUGCUGAAGGUCCUCUCCCUGUGUGUAGUGGCCGUGUUAGUGUUCGGACUGGCCCUGUGUAGCAAGACGUCAUUUCUCCUCCUCGUCACUUUGUCCAACGAGGGCACCAAGACGCUCCCCGAUGGGCAGAAACCCGUCGCCCUGCUUUGCAUCGGCUGCGUUCUCAUCGCCUCCAGCUUGCUUCUCCUACUGAAGAGCGCCUGGAAGGCGUUGCCAAAAUUAAAUGUUCUGCUUCUUCUUCAGGUUCUGUUCAUUGAGUUCCUGGUGGCUAUGGGGGCAGCGAUUCUCACCAUCGUUGCAAUGCCCCACCUGGACAUUGUGACCAACGUGACGAUACUGAACGGCGUAGCCGUGCUCUCCACGCUCCUACAGGUGAUCACGCAGUGCACCGCCAAGGAGAGGAACCGCUUCAUGGUGCCCUCCAUCACCGCCUUCCUCCUCAUAUUGCUCGGCUACGUCCUCUUCCUCGUCUUGUACAUCACGAAGGAUCCCACUGAUACCCGGAGGAUCAUCUGGGCGGGUCUGGCUGUCGGCGGGUCCUUCUUGAUGUCCUUCAACUGGUGGGAGAACUACUUCAAGCUGAUCAGCAAGAACAUUCGCUCUGACUUCCUCACAGCGUUGAGCAAAGACGUGACAGCGUGCCAGAACGUUCUGUACAUGCUCUCCAGCGUGCUCAGGAUCGCGGUGACCGCCGGCGUGCUCGGAGCCUACGUCCCUCUGGACCGAAUGGACUGGACCAUCGUCACCUCCAUCCCGAGCCGUGAGACAAGAAUCAUAGCCAUCAUCAUCGGGGUCCAGCUGAUCUCCUCCGUGCUCUGCCACUGGUUUUCUUUGGUGGCCUGCAAGAUGCACGCCCUGCGGCGGUGUUUCAUCCUGCCUUUGUACCUGGCGUCUCUGGCCGUCAUGGUCCUCUUCAUCGUCCCCGUUAUCGUUUUCCAUCAAAACUACAGAAACGCUCAGAACGGGAUUCAAAGCUCCGACUUCAGAGGCUACUGCAACGACGUCAUCAAUGCGAGAAACCAAAGUCUGAGCGGCGACGUGUUCCGAGAUCUGGUUCAGGAUGUGACUCGCACUCUGUGCUUCCUGGACUUGUCCAGGGUGUAUGACAUCGGCCUGCUGACAGGCUCGGCGGUGUGCUGGUGGAUCGGCCUGGUGGCGGCCACUCUGCACCUCUGGUUCCUCAGUCUGUUUCGCAUCCAGAGGACCCAGGACCUGUUCGUCAGGAGGCUGUACGAGGGAGCAUUCAUAGAGCAGUCCCUGCUUCUGAACACUCGCUUUGACAUCCAGACGACUGAAAAGCAAAAGCAAUUCAAAGCACUGGACCCGGUGAAAGUCUUCCUCUGCGCGACCAUGUGGCACGAAACCUACGACGAGAUGAUGAAUAUCCUCAUUUCCAUAUUUCGACUGGACAAGUACAGGCCAAAGAAGGAGGGACAAGUUGCCGACGUUUCGUUUGAAGGCCACAUCUACUUCGACGAUGCCUUCACAGAUGUUGCCGGUAGCCGAGAGCCCCACGUCAACCAGUACGCUGAGAUGCUUGUGAAAAUUAUCGGAGAAGUUUACAGCAUCUUCUUGAACGUCGAUAACGACCUCUUCACAAAGAAGCAGCAGAUGCCGGAUCAGAAGAUCAUGACAACGCCAUACGGAGGACGUCUGGAGGUCACCAUGCCACAUGGCAACACCUUAACGGUCCACUACAAGGACAAGAAGUGCAUCCGCCACAAGAAGAGAUGGUCCCAGGUCAUGUACUUGUACUACCUCCUGGGAUGGAAAGAGAGGAGGAUGUUGACCUGGAAAAUGAUUUCGAGGUAAGACGAGAGAAAACAAACCAGUCAAUAUUCCCAAAAUGUGGAUCUGGAAAGAAGCUGAAUGUGUGUGUUCGUGCAGAGGGAGAAGCAGAACACCUACAUCCUGGCUCUGGAUGGGGACACGGACUUCACGCCGGCCGCCGUGAUGCUGCUCAUCGAUCGCCUGAAACUGUACCCUCAGGUCGGGGCGGCGUGCGGCCGGAUUCACCCCACCGGGUCAGGGCCCGUCGUUUGGUACCAGAAGUUUGAAUACGCGGUCGGCCACUGGCUUCAGAAGACGGCCGAGCACGUGUUCGGCUGCGUGCUCUGCAGCCCCGGCUGCUUCAGCCUGUUCAGAGCCGAGGCGCUGAUGGACGACAACGUGAUGAAGACGUACACCACCGUGUCCUCGGAGGCGCACCACUACAUCCAGUACGACCAAGGAGAGGACCGCUGGCUGUGCACUCUGCUGCUGAAGCAGGGUUGGAGGGUGGAGUACAACGCGGCGUCUGACGCCCGCACCAACGCCCCGGAGGACUUCAAAGAGUUCUACAACCAGCGUCGCCGAUGGGGCCCGUCGACCAUGGCCAACAUAAUGGACUUGCUGGGCUGCACCACUUUGAUCUCCCACAAGAACCCGUCCAUUUCCAAACUCUACAUGAUCUACCAGCUCUUCAACCUGGUGGCGUCCAUUCUGGCACCUUCCACCGUCAUCCUAAUGAUCGCAGGUAGUCUGACCGUGCUGCUCGAUGUUCACCCGAGCGUCGCUCUGGUCCUGGCUUUGAUACCUCCAGCCGCCUUCCUCGGCGCCAGCUUCAGAAUCAAGGCGGACACUCAGAUCGCCAUCGCAGCGAUCCUCGGCGUCCUGUACGCCUUUCUCAUGAUGAUAUCGGCAAUCACCAUAAUAGGGAACAUGGUGAAGGACCAAACCAUCCUGACUCCCAGCAGUAUCUUCCUCAUCUUCCUCGCCCUCUUCUACGUCGUCACUGCAUUGCUGCAUCCCCAGGAGAUCGGCCUGGUGUUCUUCGGCUUCAUUUACAUCCUCUGCAUCCCCAGCGCCUACCUGCUGCUCUCCAUCUACACCAUGGUCAACAUGAACAACGUGUCCUGGGGCACCAGGGAGACGGAGCCUGCCGCCAGCGACGCCGCCGCCUCGCAAACCAAGUCCGAGAAAGUCAGGAGCACCAUCGCGCGGUUCUUCUCGCGGUCCCAGUGCUGCAGGAGAAUGUGUCUGACGGACGGAGCAGACGAGCGAAUCGUAAGCCGGGACGUCCCGAGCGAGGAGCCCGAGCCUCGACCCCAGAACAGCAUCGUGGAGGAGGCGGGGCGACCCGAGGAGGGUCGGAGGCAAAGCACCACCUCCCACCCCCAUCACCAAAACUGGAUGGCACAGCUGCAGAGUUCAUCCGAGGACAAACUUAAGGAGGACAAACUUGACGAGGAGGAGGUGAAGUUCUUCACUGAGCUCAUCAACAAAUACCUGAAGCCUAUUCCCGAGGACAAAAAGAAACAGGAAGAAAUGAUUAAUAAACUCAGGGAGUUGAGAAACAAGAUGACCUUCGUCUACUUCAUGAUCAACGCCUUCUGGAUCGUGGCGACCUUCACUCUGCAGUUAAUAAAGCCGUCCAUUUUCAUCACGGUGCCAAAACUCAACUUUGACCUGCAGUAUACCGGGGAGUACGUCUACAUCGACCCCGUGGGCUUCAUGUUCAUCCUGUCCUUCGCCGUGCUGGUGGUGAUCCAGUUCUUCGGCAUGCUGUACCACAGAAUGAGCACCCUGAUCCAUUAUGUGGCCUUCCUGAGUACAGAGCCCAUCUCUAACAAGGUGCGGUGUAAUUGCUGGCUGGCUCAGUACCUGAAUUUCUUGCAGAUCGUUGACGGAGAAAGCGACGACUCCGACGAACUCGCCUUUCAGCGGGACUUCCGCCGGCGCUUCAACACCGGAACGAUGGUGUGA